ACACACAGACGUGCUCACGGAGCCUGUGCCUGCCUCUACUUGUCUGCUCUGCGCAGAUGGUUCCUGGCUUUUGGGUCACCUCAUCCUGCAGCCCAGUCCAGUUAGAACCUUUCUUCCACAGAGACUGGCAAGCUGUGGGGUAAGAGUUUUGGUAAGGCUGCCUGUCUUCAGAGCAUGAAGGACACUGCCCGGAGAGGGAAGAGGGCAAUAUUUAGUGUUUGGGCCUACUUGUUGUUGGGCUCCCCACUGCCUCUCCUUUGCAGAGCUAUCACUGGCCCCUGGUUGCAAACUCUCGGUGGCUUUCAAGCCUACAAAACAAAAACUGAGAGGGUGUCCAAAAAGAGAAGAAGAAAACGUUGUUGUUGGUCCUGGAUUCCACUGUUGGAUUUUGGUGGGGAUGAGAAGAAGGAAUUACCAGGCGUGAUCAACAAAGGUACCUGCACGGCUUUAAAGAAUGCGUUCCAGAGGCAGUGAUACCGAGGGCUCAGCCCAAAAGAAAUUUCCAAGACAUACUAAAGGCCACAGUUUCCAAGGGCCUAAAAACAUGAAGCAUAGACAGCAAGACAAAGACUCCCCCAGUGAGUCGGAUGUAAUACUUCCGUGUCCCAAGGCAGAGAAGCCACACAGUGGUAAUGGCCACCAAGCAGAAGACCUCUCAAGAGAUGACCUGUUAUUUCUCCUCAGCAUUCUGGAGGGAGAACUGCAGGCUCGAGAUGAGGUCAUAGGCAUUUUAAAGGCUGAAAAAAUGGACCUGGCUUUGCUGGAAGCUCAGUAUGGGUUUGUCACUCCAAAAAAGGUGUUAGAGGCUCUCCAGAGAGAUGCUUUUCAAGCGAAAUCUACCCCUUGGCAGGAGGACAUCUAUGAGAAACCAAUGAAUGAGUUGGACAAAGUUGUGGAAAAACAUAAAGAAUCUUACAGACGAAUCCUGGGACAGCUUUUAGUGGCAGAAAAAUCCCAUAGGCAAACCAUACUGGAGUUGGAGGAAGAAAAGAGAAAACAUAAAGAAUACAUGGAGAAGAGUGAUGAAUUCAUAUGCCUACUAGAACAGGAAUGUGAAAGAUUAAAGAAGCUAAUUGAUCAAGAAAUCAAGUCUCAGGAGGAGAAGGAGCAAGAAAAGGAGAAAAGGGUCACCACCCUGAAAGAGGAGCUGACCAAGCUGAAGUCUUUUGCUUUGAUGGUGGUGGAUGAACAGCAAAGGCUGACGGCACAGCUCACCCUUCAAAGACAGAAAAUCCAAGAGCUGACCACAAAUGCAAAGGAAACACAUACCAAACUAGCCCUUGCUGAAGCCAGAGUUCAGGAGGAAGAGCAGAAGGCAACCAGACUAGAGAAGGAACUGCAAACGCAGACCACAAAGUUUCACCAGGACCAAGACACAAUUAUGGCGAAGCUCACCAAUGAGGACAGUCAAAAUCGCCAGCUUCAACAAAAGCUGGCAGCACUCAGCCGGCAGAUUGAUGAGUUAGAAGAGACAAACAGGUCUUUACGAAAAGCAGAAGAGGAGCUGCAAGAUAUAAAAGAAAAAAUCAGUAAGGGAGAAUAUGGAAACGCUGGUAUCAUGGCUGAAGUGGAAGAGCUCAGGAAACGUGUGCUAGAUAUGGAAGGGAAAGAUGAAGAGCUCAUAAAAAUGGAGGAGCAGUGCAGAGAUCUCAAUAAGAGGCUUGAAAGGGAGACGUUACAGAGUAAAGACUUUAAACUAGAGGUUGAAAAACUCAGUAAAAGAAUUAUGGCUCUGGAAAAGUUAGAAGACGCUUUCAACAAAAGCAAACAAGAAUGCUACUCUCUGAAAUGCAAUUUAGAAAAAGAAAGGAUGACCACAAAGCAGUUGUCUCAAGAACUGGAGAGUUUAAAAGUAAGGAUCAAAGAGCUAGAAGCCAUUGAAAGUCGGCUAGAAAAGACAGAAUUCACUCUAAAAGAGGAUUUAACUAAACUGAAAACAUUAACUGUGAUGUUUGUAGAUGAACGGAAAACAAUGAGUGAAAAAUUAAAGAAAACUGAAGAUAAAUUACAAGCUGCUUCUUCUCAGCUUCAAGUGGAGCAAAAUAAAGUAACAACAGUUACUGAGAAGUUAAUCGAGGAAACUAAAAGGGCGCUCAAGUCCAAAACCGAUGUAGAAGAAAAGAUGUACAGCAUAACCAAGGAGAGAGAUGAUUUAAAAAACAAAUUGAAAGCGGAAGAAGAGAAAGGAAAUGAUCUCCUGUCAAGAGUUAAUAUGUUGAAAAAUAGGCUUCAAUCAUUGGAAGCAAUUGAGAAAGAUUUCCUAAAAAACAAAUUAAAUCAAGACUCUGGGAAAUCCACAACAGCAUUACACCAAGAAAACAAUAAGAUUAAGGAGCUCUCUCAAGAAGUGGAAAGACUGAAACUGAAGCUAAAGGACAUGAAAGCCAUUGAGGAUGACCUCAUGAAAACAGAAGAUGAAUAUGAGACUCUAGAACGAAGGUAUGCUAAUGAACGAGACAAAGCUCAAUUUUUAUCUAAAGAGCUGGAACAUGUUAAAAUGGAACUUGCUAAGUACAAGUUAGCAGAAAAGACAGAGACCAGCCAUGAACAAUGGCUUUUCAAAAGGCUUCAAGAAGAAGAAGCUAAGUCAGGGCACCUCUCAAGAGAAGUGGAUGCAUUAAAAGAGAAAAUUCAUGAAUACAUGGCAACUGAAGACCUAAUAUGUCACCUCCAGGGAGAUCACUCAGUCCUGCAAAAAAAACUAAAUCAACAAGAAAACAGGAACAGAGAUUUAGGAAGAGAGAUUGAAAACCUCACUAAGGAGUUAGAGAGGUACCGGCAUUUCAAUAAGAGCCUCAGGCCUAGUCUCAAUGGAAGAAGAAUUUCCGAUCCUCAAGUAUUUUCUAAAGAAGUUCAGACAGAAGCAGUAGACAAUGAACCACCUGAUUACAAGAGCCUCAUUCCUCUGGAACGUGCAGUCAUCAAUGGUCAGUUAUAUGAGGAGAGUGAGAAUCAAGACGAGGACCCUAAUGAUGAGGGAUCUGUGCUGUCCUUCAAAUGCAGCCAGUCUACUCCAUGUCCUGUUAACAGAAAGCUAUGGAUUCCCUGGAUGAAAUCCAAGGAGGGCCAUCUUCAGAAUGGAAAAAUACAAACUAAACCCAAUGCCAACUUUGUGCAACCUGGAGAUCUAGUCCUAAGCCACACACCUGGGCAGCCACUUCAUAUAAAGGUUACUCCAGACCAUGUACAAAACACAGCCACUCUUGAAAUCACAAGUCCAACCACAGAGAGUCCUCACUCUUACACGAGUACUGCAGUGAUACCGAACUGUGGCACGCCAAAGCAAAGGAUAACCAUCCUCCAAAACGCCUCCAUAACACCAGUAAAGUCCAAAACCUCUACCGAAGACCUCAUGAAUUUAGAACAAGGCAUGUCCCCAAUUACCAUGGCAACCUUUGCCAGAGCACAGACCCCAGAGUCUUGUGGUUCUCUAACUCCAGAAAGGACAAUGUCCCCUAUUCAGGUUUUGGCUGUGACUGGUUCAGCUAGCUCUCCUGAGCAGGGACGCUCCCCAGAACCAAUAGAAAUCAGUGCCAAGCAUGCGAUAUUCAGAGUCUCCCCAGACCGGCAGUCAUCAUGGCAGUUUCAGCGUUCAAACAGUAAUAGCUCAAGUGUGAUAACUACUGAGGAUAAUAAAAUCCACAUUCACUUAGGAAGUCCUUACAUGCAAGCUGUAGCCAGCCCUGUGAGACCUGCCAGCCCUUCAGCACCACUGCAGGAUAACCGAACUCAAGGCUUAAUUAACGGGGCACUAAACAAAACAACCAAUAAAGUCACCAGCAGUAUUACUAUCACACCAACAGCCACACCUCUUCCUCGACAAUCACAAAUUACAAUCAAGGAGGUAUGCAAGCAGAGAAUCCCAGCACGGAUCCCUAAACUGAAAUCUACAGGCAUCACCAAGAUUUCCACUAAAGCCCCCACAGUGCCUAUGGAUAAGCCUAUUUACCAAAAUGGCUGUGGGAAGCUACACAUCGUGAGAACUGUCACCUCCAACACCUUCCUCCACGUGGGAGGGAGAAGGUAACUCAUACCAAUGCACUGCCUGGAUACAUUCAUCUACAGAAAUAUGUGGAAAGCUAAAAUUACCACUAUGAAAGGCCAAAGGACCAUCUCUCCAGGAAAUGGUGAAGCAGCUUGGUGGACCUGAUGAAGAUCAUCCCCCAAAAAGCAGCACGUCUACAAUUAUUUUACUUCUACAUGUGUAUAUGCACAUACAAACACUCGCAGGCCUAGACCCACACCCAAAUCUACCCAUUUCCUCAUCCGACAUAUAAUCUAACCCAAAGAUGAACUACCUAGAAUCAGCCUGGGAUAGGACUGAAUUCACUAGAACAGUUCAAGAGUUUUCUGGUGAAAACAGAAGUAAUUCUUCAUUCUACAGAACUUUGCUGAUUAAUCAUAUUUUGCUAAGAAAAGGUGAUAGCAAAAAUUCCUAAUCUGAGUCAAGAAAAUCAGAUUAUUUCCAUCAAGAUGACAGGACAAUUAAAAUCACACUUUAAGGUCUAAAACUAUGAUUUCUUUAUGACCAGGAGGGAAAAAGCAAAGUGAUAAUUCUUAAAGGAGGAAAAGCAUAACAAAAGUGAAUAACAGCCAAAUAUAUCCUUUGUGCAGAAUACCUGACAAUCACUGGUGUAGUAAGCAUACCUGACCACUGGCACUUAGUCUCAGUAACACUGAGAUAUUUUAGGGAGAUAUGAAUCAAUAUUCCAGGUGCUCGAAAAAAUACAGAAUUUAUCAUCUCACAGGACAUUGUUUAUUCAUAUCUCUUCUCUGAAUAAACACUAUCGAAAAUCAGUUGAUUCAACAAAAGCUUGGGGUUAGGAGACUCAAAUUCCAAUCCUAGAUUUUCAUUCAUGUGACAACGAGCUUUGUAUUCAUCAAUCUAAGCCUUGAGUUUCCACAUGUAAAACAGGAAAGUGAAAUAAUUCCUCAGGUCCCUUCCAGUUCUGAUAACCUAUGAAUAUGCCCAACUAUUAAUACAAAAUGUUGAAUUCAAACAGUCAUCUAUAAGGGUAGACCCAGUCCCCUGGCAAAAAGCUAAAGCAAUUCUUUACAUCACACUGAAAACUCUCUCAUUGAAUUGAGAGAAAGGUGUGCCUGUAAUUCAGUGUGGACAGAGUAAUACAGGACAUUUUAAGACAAGGCAUGUUUGACACAAAAGGCAGUUCAAAAAACAUUUCAAAAAGCUUCAAUCGAGGGGGGAAAAAAAUCAAUGGAACGACACUAAACGUUUUUUGUGAUCCUUCACUAAAAACUGGAAGCAUGACCCUGGAAGAAAUCCUCAUGGUUAAAGACUGCUUUAGCCAGCUGCCCUGGGUUGGAGCCAGCAGAGCAAGAGUAAAGGAACUCCCAUUCCCCAUACUUAUCUAACUAAGUCCACCUCAUUGCACUAAUGCCACUGUACAAACACCCCCAGGCCCCUGCAAUUUCAAGGAGGAGAAGGAGCUAGAGGCCUGGGCAGCAUUGAAAGGGAUGAUGGGCAGCACUGAGAGGGAUGAUGGGCAGCAUUGAGAGGGAUGAUGGGCAGCAUUGAGAGGGAUGAUGGGCAGCAUUGAGAGGGAUGAUAGGCAGCAGUCCCAGCAGGCAAGUGGCAGAGGGCAGUAGGGGGAGGUCAAGUGAAUUAAAAGCCUGAAAUGGAAAAGUCUAAGUGAAAGGAAAGCAGGAAGAGAAUAGUAGAAGGGGAUAGACUACAAAAGAAGGUGAAGACUGGGCAUGGUGGCUCAUGCCAGUAACCCCAGCACUUUGGGAGGCUGAGGUGAGAGGAUUUCUUGAGGCCAGGAGCUCAAGACCAGUCUGGGCAACUUGGCAAGACCUUGUCUCUCCGAAAAGAAAAGAAAAAAAAAAAGCCAGGUGUUGUGGUGCACACCUGUAGUCCUAGCUAAUUAGGAGGAAGAGGCAAGAGGAUUGUUUGAGCCCAGAAGUCCGAGGCUGCAGUUAGCAUGAUCACACCACUGCACUCCAGACUGACUGACAGAGCAAGACCUUGCUUGUGGGGGAAAAAAAAAAAAAGGGUGCAGUGAUGAAGUUCUAACAUCAAAAAAAAAAAAAAUACACGUAUGUACAGAGUGCUUAGUAUUGUGCCACACAUAGAGCAGGUAUCUGAUAAAUCUAGAGUGAAUAGAGAAUGAGUAAAUGAAGAAGAGAAGGCCAUUCAGUCGACAUUUUCUCACUUGAGAAAACAUGCUAAGAGAUAGCAAUGGUAUGACAGGGUUAGGAAAAGUAGUUAUGCCCAGGUGACAUUCAACAUUGGUAAUUAUGCUAAUAGAAAAAAAACCCAUUGGAAUCCCUUAGUGAAAACCAAACAGGUUGAAAAGAAGCAUAAAACAGGAAAAACAACACGCACUAACAAUAGUCCCAGAAAAACAAAAUACCUUGGGAAAAAUUUUACUCUGAAAUGAAGCACAAAAUAUGUUGUAUGUUGAAGCUUUCAAAAUUGUUUUCUCCCAUGUCAGGAGACUUCCUAAAGUACAUUUUUAUCCAAGCUAGCAUAAGUUUAAGAGGAAGCACAAAAAGAGGGACAAGAUAGUAUACAAAGUACUAAAAAAAAUUUAGGUAGAAGCCAGGCACGGUGGCUCACGCCUGUAAUCCCAGCACUUUGGGAGUCCGAGGCGGGUGGAUCACCUGAGGUCGGGAGUUUGAGACCGGCUUCACCAACGUGGAGAAACCCCGUCUCUACUAAAAAUGCAAAAUUAGCCGGGCAUGGUGGCGCAUGCCUGUAAUCCCAGCUACUCCGGAGGCUGAGGCAGAAGAAUCUGCUUGAACCUGGGAGGCAGAGGUUGCAGUGAGCCGAGAUUGCGCCAUUGCACUCCAGCCUGGGCAGUAAGAGCAAAACUC